AAAUUAGUUGUGCGCAAGUGCGGAAGUUUAUCGAUCAUCACAUGAUAAUAUUACCGACAAGUUGACAAGAUGGCUGGUGCUUACGAGAGAGCGCAGAAACUCCCCAAAAUUAGAGAUGCUGAGAAGGAGUCCCUGUUCGGACAUGUGUUCGCAGUUUCUGGACCUGUGGUCACUGCUCAGAACAUGGCAGGAGCCGCUAUGUACGAACUGGUGCGUGUUGGUCACGACGAGCUUGUAGGAGAAAUCAUCCGAUUGGAGGGUGACAUGGCCACCAUCCAAGUAUACGAGGAAACAUCUGGUGUAACAGUAGGAGACCCUGUACUGAGGACAGGCAAUCCCCUGUCAGUGGAGCUUGGACCCGGAAUCAUGGCCAGUAUCUUUGAUGGUAUUCAGAGACCCCUGGAAGAGAUUUCCAAACUGACCCAGAGUAUCUACAUCCCAAAGGGAGUUAACACUCCAGCCUUAGACAGGGAUCUCAAGUGGGAGUUUGAACCUUUCGGAAACAUCAGGGUGGGUAGUCACAUGACUGGAGGAGAUAUCUACGGCGUGGUGUAUGAGAAUAUCCUCAUUAAACACAAGAUUAUGCUGCCUCCAAAAGCCAGGGGCACAGUCACUUGGGUUGCUGACCCGGGUACAUAUGAUGUCAAUGAUGUUGUCCUGGAGACAGAAUUUGAUGGACGUAAAAACAAAUACACUAUGUUGCAAGUGUGGCCAGUACGUGAGAUGCGUCCAGUGACAGAAAAACUGGCCGGAAAUCAUCCUCUGCUGACUGGUCAACGUGUCCUUGAUGCUCUCUUCCCAUGUGUACAAGGUGGAACAACAGCUAUCCCUGGGGCUUUUGGCUGUGGUAAAACCGUCAUCUCCCAAUCUCUGUCUAAAUAUUCCAACAGUGAUGUCAUUAUUUAUGUUGGAUGUGGGGAGAGAGGAAACGAAAUGUCAGAAGUAUUGAGAGAUUUCCCAGAGCUGACCAUGGAGGUAGAGGGGAAACCCGAGUCCAUCAUGAAGAGAACAGCUCUGGUAGCCAAUACCUCAAACAUGCCUGUCGCUGCUCGAGAGGCCUCCAUCUAUACAGGUAUCACUCUGUCGGAGUACUUCCGUGACAUGGGUUACAAUGUUUCCAUGAUGGCCGACUCUACCUCUAGAUGGGCAGAGGCCUUGAGAGAAAUCUCGGGACGAUUGGCUGAAAUGCCUGCCGAUUCAGGAUACCCAGCAUACCUUGGGGCCCGUCUAGCCUCCUUUUACGAGCGUGCGGGGCGCGUCAAGUGUGUUGGUAACCCAGAACGAGAGGGCAGCGUCAGUAUUGUUGGAGCUGUGUCUCCCCCUGGUGGUGAUUUCUCUGAUCCCGUAACCUCGGCAACACUAGGUAUUGUACAGGUGUUCUGGGGAUUGGAGAAGAAACUUGCCCAGCGUAAGCAUUUCCCAGCAAUCAACUGGCUCAUCAGUUACAGCAAGUACAUGAGGGCUCUCGAAGAAUUCUACGAUAAAAACUUCCCCGAUUUCCCACCUCUCCGAACAAAGUGCAAAGAAAUCUUACAGGAAGAAGAAGAUCUGUCUGAAAUCGUACAACUUGUAGGCAAGGGGUCACUGGCUGAAUCAGACAAGAUUACCAUGGAGGUGGCCAAACUUCUUAAGGACGACUUCUUACAGCAGAACGGAUACACACCCUAUGACAGGUUCUGUCCAUUUUACAAGACGGUUGGUAUGCUGAAAAACAUUAUGGCUUUCUACGACAUGGCACGGCAUGCUGUUGAAACUACAGCACAGAGCGAAAACAAAAUCACAUGGGGUAUUAUUCGUGAACAAUUGAAUGAUGUGCUAUACAAGCUUAGCAGUAUGAAAUUCAAGGACCCAGUAAAAGAUGGUGAAAAGAAAAUCAGGACCGACUAUGAUGAUCUCCACGAAGAAAUGCAACAAGCAUUCCGCAAUCUAGAGGACUAAAAUUCUUACAUAAACCCAGACAUUUCGUUAUUGUAGAUCAAAAUUUCUGUUAUGAUUUUCAUUACUUUGUACACAUGAUGUCAAUAUUAUCUUACGAUAAAUAUAGUUAUCUUUUUAAAGGUCCAAAUGUGAUCAACCUGACCAAGAGAAAGGACAGUAAAUUUGGCAACUAUGAUGGGUUAAUAGACAACAGGAUUGUGUAAGGUGUAUGUUAGAAACCAGUGAUGAUUGUAUAAGUUGUAUUAAAGACCGUUGAAGUGAAUAUUGUAUUUCUCAAUGGAUAUCUCAUCUUAGAUAUAUACAUUAAGGUUGGAAUUUGUUCACAAGGUGUACAAGAUAAAUUGAAAAGUGGAUUAUGUUGUUCAGAUCCCUAAUAAAAAACUUGCAAAUCUUCAAAAUACAAACUUUCUUAAGAAAUGUAUUCAUUGCUCGGAUCUUAUCAUUGUGUCGUUUCCUUUUUUUUUUUUUUUUUUUUUUACAUUAUUGAAGAUUAAAGUUGUUCAUCUAGUUAUAGAGGGUAAUUUGACUUUGUUAUGACUGUGUGAUAUUUGUUUAAGAAAAUGACAUUGGCUUGUAUGUAUUUCUUUGGUAUUCUCCUGUAUUCAAUGAAAAAUCAAGAUUCCAAUUACGAAUUAUAUACAUGAAACUUGCACAAGUGGGAUAAUUUUACAAUAAACAGGCAUUUUUAUUUUUGUAGGGGGACUUUGAAAAAAAUGUCUUUUGUCAAAAUUUAUAACCCGAGUUCAAAAUGUUUUAUUUGUGUGGCUUUUUUUAUGUUGAAUGAUAAUUUAAAUUGGAGUCUUUGAACUUGUGUAAUGCUGGAAGUGAAAAAUGGAGUGAAUAUUUAAAAAUCAUUUUUGCAAAGAUUUGGAAUUUUAAAAAUGCUUCUAGAAAAAUACCAUUGAUGAAACACUAAUGAGUAAAAUAUAAGCAGACAUUUUUUUUUUGAAAAAACAUAAUUUUCCAACUUUCUCAUUAAUUUAUCAUUAAUUAGAGUUAUCUACCUUGUGUAUUUCUAGAGGUUAAAACCACUUGAUGCUGAUUACUAGUCAAUCAUUGUUAUAGUAGAAAUGCUAGUUGAUAAACAUGUAUGUAAUUGUGGUUGAAAAUCAUAUAGAUUAUGAUUAGUAUGUUAUGAUAAGUAUAUAUAUAUAUAUUGUACAUUGUAUAUAGCUCAUUAUCUAUUGACACUUUAGCAGUACAAUUUCACAUUCCUUGGUGAUUUUCUUCUAUUUUGCUGCUAUGACAACUAUUGUUGUAUUGGAUCUUGAAUGACCAUUGUUGCCAUGGACAACUGUGGUUGCUAUUGACGAUAUGUUGCCAUAAACAACAGUUGUUGUUAACAACCAAUAUUCCAAUAUGUCUAUUAAAACUAAUUGUGAUAUACAUAAA